AUGGCACUACGCUUCCGCCGCCUGGGUGGCAUUGCGGGAAUUUCGUCCAAGCCGAGGCUUGCCCCGGGAUUGGCAAGAUUUGGCAGCAACACGGCUGAGUUUGCUGAACUGGAACAUCGUAACUGGCAAAAGGCAGUGCGUGCCUACGACCAAGGGUGGGGGUCCUUGACUCGCCAGUGCAUCCCAGAUCUGUUGACAGGCAUUGGCUGCCAAAGUGGUUGUCGCCUGGUGGAUGUGGCAACUGGGCCAGGGUUCGUUGCCGAGGAGGCCGCUAAAGCUGGUGCAGAUGUUGUUGCGGUGGACUUCGCAAAAAACAUGUUGGAGCUUGCGCGAGCGCGACUAGCGAAAUCGUUGGGUUCAGAGAACGUCCAGUGCGUGGAAGCAGAUGCGGCCGCAAUGCCUUUUGAUUCGGAGACCUUCGAUGCGGUUGCGUGCAGCUUCGGUGUCCUUCACCUUCCUGAGCCAGAGGCCUUCUUCGCCGAGGCUUUGCGAAUCCUGCGGCCGGGUGGCCGUCUCGGCUUUACGGUUUGGGCGCCCACUCCAUCCACAGAGGCGCUCGCGCUGGUGCACACAGCAGUCCAGCAGCACGGAAAUCCAAAUGUUCCCUUGCCAGAAGCACCCCCUUUUUUCCGCUUUGCAGAUGCAGCAGAUACUGCACGGACACUUUCCGCGGUGGGAUUUGGAGAGAUUGUGUCCAAGGAAGUUGGAAUGUGCUGGGAGGUGAAAGAUGCAAGGGAGACAUUUGUGGCUUUCCGGGAUGGCACUGGGCGCACAGCCGCAUUGCUGGCGGGCCAAUCCCCAGAACAGCUACAGGCAAUCGAGGCCUCCAUAACUAAGGGAACAGAGGCAAAACGGAGCGGUCCCGACCAACCUUGCCGCCUCCAGAUGCCUUGCAUAUUGACUCUUGCCACCAAGGGCUGA